AUGAGUUAUUGUGCUCAUUGUCAACAUGCUUCUCAGCCAUCAACUCAGCAGCAUCAGACUGUGUUGAGAGUUGACCCUGAAUCUGAAUAUUUUGAAGUUUCCAGCAGUGCUGGGAGUACGAUGGAAGGCGGUUCCGGAUGGACCGAAUCAUUGGAAAAAGACUUUGACAAAGCAUUCGUGUCUCUUGAUUUACUUCUUGGAGAAAUCGAUUCAGAUCAGGUUGAGAUCACCUAUGAAGGCCGGCAAAAGAUGACGUCAUUGAGUGCUUGUUUUGCUCAAAUGAUGCACAAAUGUCAGUUCAUGAUGCAUACGAUAAGCAAGCAGGAGAAGGAAAUGACAUCAAUGCGAAAUGAGGUUGUGGAAGCACGGGCGGCACGCCAGAGUAUGGAGAAAGAAGUAGAACAAUUGAUGAUCCAAGUGCAUUCUCUACAGUGUCAAUUACAUUCAAAAACAGCGCCACACGAGUCAGAUAUGAUCAAGAAGAAACUGGAAUCUCAACUUUCUACGUUUCGUUCCGAGCUGACACAAGGAUUAAGCACUGUUUGCGAGCUGGAAAUUGCAAGAAAAGAAGAGGACAGAUCAAAGAAGACAAUACAAGCACUGGAAACGGAAGUGUUCGGAGCACGACUGGCGGCAAAGUACCUUGACAAAGAACUCGCCGGACGAAUACAACAGAUUCAGUUGUUGGGAAGGAAUAUGCGCGGUGUGGAACACGAUAGAUUGUGGAAUCAAUUGGAAGCAGAGAUACAUCUUCACAGACAUAAGACAGUUAUCAGAGCGUGUAGAGGACGGGGUAACACUAAAGGAUUAGCGGCACCACUUCGUCACAACUUCAAGAGUCUUCGAAAACGAAAUGGAGUGGGAAAGAGUCGAAAAGUGGUACUCUCGAAACAUCCACAUGAAGGACUUGGAAUUUCGAUUACGGGUGGUUCCGAGCAUGCUCUUCCCAUCGUGAUAUCUGAAAUUCAACCGGGACAACCCGCUGAUCGAUGUGGUCAAGUUUUUGUGGGUGACGCUAUUCUAUCAGUGAAUGGAUACGAUUUGAGGACUGUCAAGCAUCAAGAAGCAGUCGAUAUUUUGAGUGGACAGGUUCAACAAGGAGAUCUCGACCUGGAAUUAGUCUUCGUGUGUCCUGAUGAAGACAGUGAUGACGAUGGUACCGUAACCAUUGAGCAUAGCGAUGGAUCAAUUUACAAUCUGUACAGUAUGGAUGAACCAACAUCCAGCCGAUCUUCUUCCAACAAUUCCGAUGAAUCAAGAAUGAUGACGUGUCAACAAAUAAAUCGCCUGACAGCUCUCUUCAAUGCGGCAAUGUCGAAAGCAUUGGCUGCAAAGGAUAAAGACGAUUGGACGACUCAUUUGAAGGCGAUUUCUAAUGUUUUCACUCAGGUCUGCGCCGUAUCCGCGGCCGAGGAAUGCGCCAAAACACUGGCUAUUAAAGAACGUAACGAAGCAAUCGAACAGGCAAUUGACUUCCGUGCGAAAGCUGAAGCUCAUGAUGACGUCAUUGAACAAUUCCAUCUGAUUCUGGCUGCUGAUAACCAAAGAAAUCACGCAGAUUUAACUUCUCAGCAAAUUUUUGAUAGAAUGUGUGAAGAAGUUCGUCUGAAUGUUGCAAGAAUUCAAGAUUACCGUAUGUUCGAAGCCAAGUAUAACGUGGAAAAACGGAGAAAUGAGAGAAUGUCGAUGCACAUCAAUGAGGUUUCGAAGAGAAGUGUUAUGCAUCUGAUGGCUACUCGCUUCUACGCAAGGGAGUUGGCGGCAAUGCGACAGAUGAUGGAUUUGAUGCGCAACGCCGCUUCCAUCGAGUCGGCGGUCAAAUCGAAAUUAUGGGAUGAGAUUGAGAAGGAGAAUCAAUUGUUGCGUUUGAACACCUUGUGGUUGGUCAAUCGUAUCAACUCGUCUGAUCUCCAUGACGCCGCUUUCGAAGAAGGCGACAACUGGCAGAGUCCACCACGUCUUGUCAUUCUGAUGAGAGAGCAUAUCAAUCAAGGACUUGGACUAGAGAUUACAGGAGGAUGUGAUCAAUUCCGUCCGGUUGUGGUGACUGGAAAACUGAAAAGAUCAAUGGCUGACGAUGAUCAGCUCCGUCUCGACGAUAGAAUUUUGGCGAUAGAUGGGACUUUUGUGACUAACACAACGACUCAUGCAGAGGUUAUGGAAAUGUUGGAAAACGAGUCCGCCAAGGAUUUCAUCUCGUUGAUUGUUUCUCAAUUCGAUCCAACCAAGUAUCAAUUGAGUCAUCCACGUCUUCAGAAGACACCAAGUCUCCAGAAUACUUCUAGCCUUCAGAAGGUGUCUAGUCUUCACAGUCAUUCUUCUCUAACCCACACUGCUACUCUUUCUGCUGUGGAGAAUUAA